AGCGCCAACUGCGCACCUUCUCAAACACAAAAUUUGAAGGGGUGGGGGAGUAUUUGACAUUUCUUGCACUAAAAAAUUUGCACAUUCACGUUCAAAAAGCAAGUUUACCCUUUUUGCAUUGGCUGUAACAAAAAACAAACACAAGGAACAUCUCACUGGACAUCCUGGAGAAUGCCUAAAUUUGGGCAGAUAGCAAAAAUUCAUGUCAACAAAGCUGAACAGCGAUAAAAUGGCCCUGCCAGAGGAUCAGAAUUUGCCUGAAUCUCUGGAAAAACUGGAAAUAACUAUGCCUAGUCAAGGACGAAGAAUAUCUGAUGGAAGUAUUACUUCAAACCCCUUCUUUAUCCGACCAGAAAGCCUAACGAGUAACUCUCAGAAGGUGCACGAGAGGCAGGAUACCAAUCUUUCAGAAAGACUCUUUGGAUCAAGAUGCAAUCACUGUGUGUCAGAACGAUUGUCUGGACAAAGAAAUUCAUUGGAGCACACAAUCGUGAAUAGGAAACCUUUCAAGAGACACUCCCGGAAGCGAAUUCUAAGAGAGCCUAUCCUGAAGCAGGUCACCAAGUGUAUUCACGAUAAGUCCACAUUGGUUGAUGGAUCCAAAGAACCAGCUACAAAUGAUGAUGACAAAUUGAGAUCGGAUAAGUGUUUCGAUUUGAGUCGACUGCUUCCGGAGAGUUUGUUCCUACCACACGGAUUAACAGGCAGACCGCAGGAUCAUCGGUAUCUCAAGCGAAGGGCAUCUCAGUCUGAUGAAGAUGACAUAGGUACGGAGGAUUCUCUGAGAAUUCCAACACAUCAUAGUUCCUGCACUACAAAACUCUCAUCAAAUGGGUCAUCGUGCUCGCAACAGGCCCGGAUUCAUGUUGUUGCAGCCACAUGUGACGUCACAAUAGACGAACUGGCCAGCUAUUUUGAGACAUUUGUCCACAUACCCAAGAAGAUGUCUUCGAUGGCAGAAAUGAUGUAUACAUAAUUAUCCUCGUGGUAAGGUAAGGGAUUCUAUUUUGAUCAGAACCUAUUUCUUUAUCUUUUGAAAUACAAAUUAAAAAAAAAUAAAUUCUGACUAUUAAAACUUGUAUGAUGAAGAGAAAUAAAAUAUUGGCAAAUUUUUUGUAAAGAAAAAAA